ACAUGUGGGUAGUUCCCUAUAGAGUACAGCAGGUCGUAGCAAUAUUGUUUAACACGUUGGGGUUUAAAAUUCACUUUUGUAGGGUUUUAGAUUAUCUAAAAGAAUCAUGGCCUCGAGUGGUCGACGUCCCGAACACAUGGCCCCGCCUGAAGUGUACUACAACCAAGAGGAGGCUAAGAAAUACUCUCAAAAUUCUCGGAUGAUCGAGAUCCAAAGCCAGAUGUCCGAGAGAGCCGUGGAGCUACUCAACCUACCCGAGGACCAGCCGUGCUACCUGCUAGAUGUGGGAUGUGGCUCAGGGCUCAGCGGAGACUUCCUGUCAGAGGAGGGGCACUUCUGGGUGGGCGUGGACAUCAGCACAGCCAUGUUGGAUGUAGCGCUGGAGAGAGAGGUGGAGGGAGACCUGCUGCUGGGGGACAUGGGCGAGGGCAUGCCCUUCAGACCGGGAACGUUCGACGGCUGCAUCAGUAUAUCGGCCCUGCAGUGGCUCUGCAACGCUGACAAGAAGAUCCACAGCCCUCCCAAGAGGAUGUACACCUUCUUCAGCACCCUCUACUCAUCCCUGGCCAGAGGAGCCCGAGCUGUCUUCCAGCUCUAUCCGGAGAACUCUGAACAGCUGGAGCUGAUCACCUCCCAGGCCAUGAAGGCUGGCUUCAGCGGAGGCAUGGUGGUGGACUACCCCAACAGCUCCAAGGCCAAGAAGUUCUUCCUGUGUCUGUUUGCUGGCGUGUCCGGGGUCCUUCCCAAGGGUCUGGGCUCAGAGUCGGUCGACAGAGGAGUCCCCAGUCAGAUCCAGUUCACAGGACAGAGAUCCCGCUUCAGAAACAUGAAGGGCAAGUCUGCCAAGAAAGGAAAAGACUGGAUCCUGGAGAAGAAGGAGAGGAGAAGAAGACAGGGCAGGGAGGUGUGUGCUGACACCAAGUACACAGGUCGCCAGAGGAGGCCUCACUUCUGAAGGCGUGGUCAGGCCUCCCCCGCCUCUGUCCCCCCCCCUUCUCCCUGUCUGAUGGGGAGCAGUGCUGUCCUGCCUGGGGGAGCAGGGCUUUCCUGCCUGGGGGAGCACAGGGCUGUCCUGCCUGGGGGAGCACAGGGCUGUUCUGCCUGGGGGAGCACAGUGCUGGACCCUCCUCUUCUACUGGACCAUGUUGGAUUCUUACUGACAGGAAAUGAACUGAUGAAGUGACUCCACACCACAAGGUUCUCUGUCCAACCAGGCGGUAACCAGGCGGUAACCAGGCGGUAACCAGGCGGUAACCAGGCGGUAACCAGGCGGUAACCAGGCGGUAACCAGGCAGGAGGCCCACAGCUCUGAGAGAAGCUUCUGUCUAAGAACUACAUCAUAUUCUCUUAAGUGGAGCAUUUCACGCUGCAAAUCAUAUUUAAUCUCACUGAUGGUUUAUAUGUCUCACUGAUGUUUAUAUAAAUGCCUGAAUAAGAU